UGUGUAAAAAUUAAUAAAAUUUGCUUGUUAAACGCUAAAAAUAAUUAAAAAACACAUAUAAAAGCAAUUUGCUGUUUUCAAAUACGUGCAAUAACAAAGAGAACACAAAAGUAAUAGUGGGAAAAGUGAAAAAAAAGCUAGAGUGCUGUGCAGUAACAAGCAACGAGAAAAAAUUCUAGGGCCCGGCAUUAAAAUUGAGCCGCCAAAAAAACGCGAAACAAAAACAAGAAAAUGGAAACUGAAAUAACGCCUGCAGCUGCCACAAAUGGUGAGGCAGGAAGUGGCGAAAAUGUGGCAACUAAGCAAGUGGCCAUAACUGAGCUGGAGGCGGCGUCAUCAAGCAACACCGCUGGGCGGCUUGCCGAAGAAGAAGCAGCAGCAACAGCAGCAACAACAACAACAGGCGCUGCUGAUGUUUAUAUGGAAGAGGGUAAUACGGCUACACCUACAGAGGAUGAUGAAAUGGGCGAGGCUGAAUAUCUAGAGGAUGAGGAUGAGAAUGAGAAUGAUGAGGAGAGCUACGAAGCAGCGGAUAAAGCAAUAGGAGACAAGGAGCAGCCGGCAGCAACUGUUGACAAGCCGGUAGAGGAGGCCGCAGUAGGCGCGGCGGAGCAAAGCGCUGAGCCAGAAGAUGAAGCAACUGCAAAAGAUGCUGAAGCAAAGAAAGUGGCAGAGGGUGAAGACGAUAUCAUAGAAGAGCCUGAGGAGGAGGCUGGUGAUGGUGAUGACGAAGGUGAGCUCAUCGUUGGCGACGAUGCAGAGCAGGCCUUGGCAGUGGCACGUUCGGGUGGCCAAAAGCAAGAGGAGCCCGUUGAUGAGAAUCAGUGUCGCGUCUGCACCAACAAGGAGCAGCUAGUCAGUCUGUUUAACAAAGUGGACAAGGCCAUAACACCAGCGGAUCUGCUGAUGAGCAUUUGCCCCAAUGUGUCCAUAGCAUUGAAGGACUUUAUGCCACAGUUUAUAUGCAGCACCUGUCUGGCAAGCCUGACAAUUGCCAUACAGCUGCGUACGCAGCUGGAAGACACGGAGCGGGAUCUACGCAAGCGAUUGUCGCGCAGCAAGAACAAGGUGCGGCGUCCGCGUGGCUAUGUGGUCAUCGAUGCGCCAGUUUCCGACUCGGCUAGCGACGAGGAUGAGGAGCUAAACGAUGAAGAGUUCAAGGUAUCCGACGAGGAGGCCGUCUCCACCAGUCCGGAUACCGUUUCGUCCGACUCUGAUGCCAGCGAGAAACGCAAGCCGGGCCGUAAGCGUGGCCGCAAGAAGGGCUCCAAGCGUGCUGCGGGCAGCAACAGUGACGAGGAGUUUCAGAAGAAAAAGAGCUCGCUGCAGCUGCCAGCACACGGACCCUUUGAGUGCGAUCAAUGUGAGCUCACCUUUGCCCGCAAGCAAUCCUACAUAAUGCAUCGCAAGACGCACGACUCGCGGCAGCUCUACUCGUGCCAGAUCUGUCAGAAGAAGUUCAAGGUGCAGGGCGCCUACCGCACCCACAUGGAGCGGCAUGCGCAGGAGCGUGCCCACUUUCGCUGCGAGCUCUGUCCGCAGGUCUUCAAGCUGCGUGUCGAGCUCAAGCGCCAUAUGGCCAUGCGGCAUGAUGAGCAUGGCGUCAUGUAUGAGUGCAAGCGGUGCCAGCGCACCUUCCUCACCCAGCAGCGAUUGCAGCGGCAUCAGAGCACCAGUUGUGUGCGCUAUCCUGCCGAGCAGAAAAUGAAACGACACGAGGGACAUCCCAGUCAAGGACGCGAUCUAUUCAAGUCGGUGGCGCCACUAACCACCACCUAUUGGAGCGACAGCUUCUCGGACUAAGUUUUUUAAUUGUGCUUUUUAGUUUAACCGACACAUACGACAUA